GGAAAAGAUAUAUAAGUUAACAGUGGCAGAAAUCAGCUCAGUCUGAAGCUGUCUACAGUCACCUGAGUGCUGAAAUCCAUCGAUUAAACCUCUGAGGGGCUUUUGAAGCAUAAAGAAUGAGUAAUAUAGAAGACCGCGGUAGCAAGUGCUUCCCUGCGCCGAUCUCCAGCUUUACUAUCCAGUCGAUCCUGGGUACCACGUCGGAAGGUGGCCGCUCAGGUAGCAAAGACACGUCCAUUGGAGCUUUGCAAAGAACGCGAACCCUUUCUAUGUCAUCGGAAGAAGACUGUAGCGCCGGGGAAGAAUCGUGCUAUAAAGAACCGGGCUGUUUCUGCUCGGAACCCGGCCACAACGAGCCAUGCAAUCACCAGCACCAACCUAUCAACUUCUCUCGUCUCGGUAAAGGGAUUGGAGCGGGUCAGGACGGCACUGAAAGACGGCAGCGCUUACCACCAACACCUGUACUACAGGAUUACAAAGACGACAAGGACAGACCUUGUAGCCAAAACUCGCCGGCUUCAGAGGACAACAAACACAGCAACUCAUCCAAGAAGAAGACCCGAACCGUUUUCUCACGGAGCCAGGUGUACCAACUAGAGUCCACCUUCGACAUGAAGCGCUACUUGAGCAGUUCUGAGCGGGCCUGCCUAGCCUCAAGCCUGCAGCUAACAGAGACACAGGUGAAGACUUGGUUCCAAAACCGCAGAAACAAGUGGAAGAGGCAGCUAUCCGCGGAACUAGAAGCGGCCAACAUGGCACAUGCCUCCGCACAGACUCUAGUGGGGAUGCCGCUGGUAUUCAGAGACAAUUCUCUUCUGAGAGUUCCAGUUCCAAGGUCCAUUGCUUUCCCAACACCUUUCUAUUACCCCGGGAGCAACCUACCAGCCCUACCUUUAUACAAUCUGUAUAACAAGAUUGAAUACUGACUUUAUUCCCCCCCCCCCCCCCCCACAAAAAAAAAAUAAAAAAAUAAAAUAAAA